AUGUUUGGAGGAGACAACGCGUUGCCCUUUUCGCGCCAUUCCGACGUGUUGCAUGGGAUCGUACCUACGGAUUCCAACGAGCUGGAACAUCUUGUACAGGAGCUCAAGCGUCGAGGUAAUGCCGCAUUCCAACAGAAUGCAUUGGAAGAGGCUGAGGUACUUUACUCACGGGCCAUUACCGUGAACGAGCGUGAUCCGUUGCACUGUCAGCAUAUCUUUUAUGCUAAUCGUUCAGCUACACGCUGCUCGAUGGGGAAAGCAGAACAGGCACUAGAGGAUGCAAAAGCUUGUGUGGCACUGGAUGCUACCUAUGCAAAGGGAUUCUUUCGCAUGGCACAGGCACUUGUCAAACUCGGCCGCUUUAACGAAGCGCUGACUGUUUUAGACAGUGCCAAGGCUCUUGAGCCUAGCAACAAGUCGGUCAUGACGUUGUAUACAAAUGUGCAGGAGAUGGCCAAGAACCAGAAAGAAGCGCCAGCCACCUUGGCUCCCAAGAAGGUAGUGACACUUAUGGACGAGGAAGCCGAAAUAUCUGGUCACGUUCGCGGUUACAAGAAACUAGCGGACGGACGCGUCACUACUUUCUUUAACAAUGAACUUACGGAGGAGGCGAAGCAACUUAUUGGUGACAUUGCUCCCAAAAAGGUAGAGGACCCCAAUAAGGUGCAAAUCAAAAGUGUCGACGGUGGGUCGGCCUGGAACCAGGGUAACACAUUUGAGGAGAAGGAUAUGACGGUAUGGGCCAAGAACAAGUUGGAGAAGGUUCUGUCGGGAAUAUCGGCUCCAUUGGGCACGGGUGAAGGUGUUGUGACAUCGCUAGAGGUAUCAAACCUCGAGGGUGACGCAUCCAUUGCCGUAGUGCGUGGCGCAAAACGUUACAUUUUUGAUUUUGCGCUCACACUAGCUUGCACGUUGAAACAAGGAGAUAAUGAGGUGACGGGUGACCUGAAGUUUCUCGAUUUGAGCUCGGACUGUGGCGGUGACUAUGACGUUGAGGCUAUCGUUCCUAGUCGUUAUCAGUUAGAGGGAGGCAAAGCAUUGCAUGCAGCACUCAACUCGCCGUCGUCACCAUUCCGCAAGGCACUUGCUGCACAAUUAGCUUCGUUCGUCCAGGAAUAUCACACAUUCUGA